AUGGCCACCGCCGCCUUCGCAACCACCGCCCUAGGCAGUACCGACAUCAACGACUUCAGCUGCCGCAGCACGGCGCACCCGAACCCGGUCGUGCUGCUGCACGGGCUGGGCGCGACCUUCUACGAGGACCUGAACUACCUGCAGGGCUGGCUACAGGCGCAGGGCUACUGCACCUUCGCGCAGACCUACGGCGCGUACGCGGGGUUCCCCUUCCUGGGUGGCCUGCGGAGCAUCAACGAGUCCGCCGUCGAGAUCGCCGCCUACAUACGCGAGGUCCACAUGCAGACGGGCGCCGACAAGAUCGACCUGGUCGGCCACUCCGAGGGCGCCUUCCAGUCGCUGUACGUGCCCAAGUUCGAGGCUGGGGUCGCGGACCUGCUGGACAAGGUGGUCGCGAUCGCACCGCCGACGCGCGGCACCACCUUCAUCGGCCUGUAUAACCUGGCGUAUCUGUUCGGGAAUGUCUCCCGUGAAGCCGUCGGCGAGGUGCUGGAUACGCUGGGCUGUCCCGCGUGUGAUGAGCUGGGCCCCGACGGGGCGGCAGUCGAGCGGUUGAAUGACGGGGCGCCCAUCGUGCAGAGUGGGAACAGCUUGACCGUGAUUGCGUCCCGGCUCGAUGAGAUGGUCACGCCGACGAGUACCUCGUUUGUGCACGAGGACGGCGUGCGGAACGAGUGGGUGCAGGAUACCUGUCCGCUGGAUCCGGUGGGGCACAUCGGCGAGGCUUAUGAUUUGAAUGUGUGGAAUUUGGUGAAGAACGCGCUGGAUGACACGCCGGAUCGGAAGUUCGUGUGUCUGUUGGGAUCCCCUGGGAAAUAG